GUUAGUGACAUCGUAACGAAAACUUUGAGGGAUGAAUCAGACCAUGAUUCUAAGUUGAUUUCAAGUCGAAUGUUUCGUCGCAAAAGUAUGGAACGAAAAAUAAUAAAAAAAAACACUUAAAUUUUUAUGAAUUUUCCGACAGGAAAUUCUACUUGUGAUUAAGUCAGAAUCAUGGUAUGUAUAAUACAUAGUUCGAGUUAUUAAUUCUGGAUCUUGUUAAGAGAUGGCAGUUAAAAUUUUGCGUCAAAAAUAACCACGAGACCUGCCUGUAUGAAGUUUUUAUUUGACCCAUAUAAGUGAAUGCAAUGCCUAAUCCAUGAUUAUAGUGUUUGACAUUUCGUUGUCAAUGUAGAUAGUGCAUACAUUGCAUUUAAUAAUGCCAUUUUAUCAUUUUUAAUAGUAAUCAAAAUGACUUUCAAAAUGUUAUUUGCAAUAUGAACAACAACCCACACAAGAAAUAUAAAAGACCUAAGCAGAAAACCCAAGCGACAACGAACCCGGACCCGCCUAAACCACUAAACCAUAGAGAUGAUGGCAGGAGUGAGUGUCCGGAGCAGGUCUGCCCCCUGCAGGCCAAAGACUCCGAGUGGGUAGACAUAUUACAAAGCCCAUUCCCAGACGCCCCGACGCCAUCGAGCUCGAACGUAGUUGGCGACGACGAAGCGGUUCUACAACUUGUAGAAUGUGAAGACGGACCACAAAUGAAACCCUUGGCUAUCAUGUUCCCUGGCCUGCUAGAAAGGGACCCACAGACACUCGAAGGAAUGCUGACAAAGGCCAUGUCAACUACGGAAGUAACUCGGCACUUAGUAGACUUAGGGGAAAAGGCAAAUUUCACUUUCAUGAAAAGAGCUAACAGGCUAAUUCCUCGAGACAAGCAAUGGUUGGAAAGUCUAGCUGAAACCAGCAACUCACACUGCUCACUUGAUUCUAGUUUCUUUGAUAGCACUUCUUCUAGUGAUUACACAGCUGACGGUGAAAACGUAGAGGACGAUGCAAGGAAGAUAAGAAGACGAAAAAAACUGUUCGUAGCCCGCGAGCCACCGUUGGGCAAAGGUUCUUCAACUACCAGAGAAAAUUCUUCCCAUAAUGCAAUACAUAAUGGCAAUCAAGUUGCGACGAAUUUAUAUAUUUUAGACGAAAAACAUCUCAAUUCGGAGAAACCUGUCGACACUAUCAAAGCAUGGAAAACUAAAAACUGAGGAUGCAAAUUAUCUUGCAAAUCUUAAAUAAUGAAGUUUGUUAUAAUAAAUUAUUUCCAUCAUUA